AUGGCCAGCUGGGCCCUGGAGCUGCUGGGCUUCUCCCUGAGCCUGCUGGGCUUCCUGGGGACGUUAAUCGCCACCAUCCUGCCCCACUGGUGGCGCUCGGCCCACGUGGGCGCCAACAUCAUCACGGCCGUGACCUACCUGAAGGGGCUGUGGAUGGAGUGCGUGCGGCACAGCACCGGCGUCUACCAGUGCCAGCUCUACCGCUCCCAGCUGGCGCUGCCCGCCGACCUGCGGGCCGCCCGCGCCCUGAUGGUCAUCUCCUGCCUGCUGGCCGUGCUGGCGGCCGGCGUGGCCGUGCUGGGCAUGAGGUGCACGCGCUGCGCCGAGGGCAGCCCGGCCAAGGCCUCCAUGGCGGGCGCCGGCGGCGUCGGCUUCGCGGCGGCCGGGCUGCUCUGCCUGGUGCCGGUGGCGUGGAGCACCAACAGCGUCGUGAUGGAUUUCUACAACCCCACGGUUCCUGCUGGCGUGAAGUAUGAGAUAGGGCAGGCUCUUUAUCUGGGGUUUGUCUCCUCGGCCUUCACCAUCUUGGGCGGGGCCUUGCUGUGCACGUCGUGCCCGGGGAGCUGGGCGCCUCGCCAGCCGCGAUCCGGGCCCGCAGCGCCGCCGUCCUUUGGGCCACCGGGUGACUCCAAGGGCAACCACGCUCCUUCCCUGGCAUCUGUGGCCCACAGCGGCUACAGGCUGAGCGACUACGUGUGA